CUGAAAUGAAACUUAAAGUUCCUCUGAGCUAAAGCAGAGCUGCAGCCGAAACAAGUCUCUUUAUAUCUCUCCAAAGAAACAUUCAACUGAACCCAGAGGGUUUUCUCAACAACGCACACUGAUAUGUCUGCUGCCAGCUGUCUGCUGACUGAAGAUCAGUUCCUGUGCUCCGUCUGUCUGGAAGUGUUCACUGAUCCAGUCACCAUACCAUGUGGACACAACUUCUGUAAAACCUGCAUCACUGAACACUGGAACGUUAAUGUCCCCUAUCAGUGUCCCAACUGUAAAAAGCUUUUCCACACAAAACCUGAGCUGCAGGUCAACACUUUCAUCUCUGAGAUGGCUGCUCAGUUCAGACAGUCAGCUCAACAGAAAGCCAGCAGCAGCAGCAGCUCAGAGCAACAAGUUUCCAAACCAGAAGUUCCCUGUGAGACUCACCUGGAGCCUCAUCUGACGAUGUCAGGCCUGAAAACACAUCAGCUGAUCGACCCUGUGGAGAACCUGGAAGACAGGAUGUGUAGAGAGCACGAUAAACAGCUGGAGCUGUUCUGUAAGACCGACCAGUUGUGUGUCUGCAUGCUCUGCACUGUUUCAGCCCACAAGAAACAUGAUGUUGUUCCUCUGAAGGAAGAAUAUGAACGAAAGAAGGCUGAGCUGGAGAAGACAGAGGCUGAAACUCAGCAGAUGAUCCAGAAGACACAACUGAAGAUUGAGGAGAUCAAACGCUCAGUGAAGCUCAGUAAGGAAGAUGCAGACAGAGAGAUAGCAGAUGGUGUUCAGGUCUUCACUGCUCUGAAGGAGUCUGUUGAGAGAAGCCAGGCCGAGCUCAUCAACACGAUCAAAGAGAAGCAGAGAAAGACAGAGGAACAGGCUGAAGGCUUCAUCGAAGAGCUGGAACAGGAAGUCUUUGAGCUGCGGAAGAGAAGCGCUAAGGUGCAGCAGCAGCUCUUAAAGUCUGAGAACCACUUUCUCCUCCAAAACCCUCUGUCCCUGGGCACUGCUCUACCAGUGAAAGACUGGACAGAAGUCAAUGUCUGUCCACUGUCACACGAGGGGACUGUGAGGAGAGCUCUGAAUCAGUUGCUUGUUGGAUCCGAGCUGAAGAGGGUCCAGCAGUAUGCCGUGAAUGUGACACUUGACCCUGACACAGCACAUCCCAACCUCAUCCUGUCUGAUGAUAAAAAACAAGUACAUGAUGGUGGCGUACAGGUGACUCUCCCAGACAACCCAGAGAGAUUUGAUUCUUGUGUUAAUGUCCUAGCAAAGCAGAGUUUCACUUCAGGGAGAUUUUACUUCGAGGUUCAGGUUGAAGGGAAGGCUGAGUGGACUUUAGGAGUGGCCAGAGGGUCAAUCAAGAGGAAAGGAUAUAUCACAGUGAGCCCUCAGAAAGGUUACUGGACGAUAUCUUUGAGGAAUGAAAAUGAGUACUGUGCUUGCGCUGGCCCUGAUGUCAGCCUCUCUCUGAAAUCUCGGCCUAAGAAGGUGGGAGUAUUUGUGGAUUAUGAGGAGGGUCUGGUCUCCUUUUAUGAUGUUGAUUCUGCAGCUCUUAUCUACUCCUUUACUGGCUGCUGCUUCAGUGAGAAACUCUACCCAUUCCUCCGCCCCAGUCUUAAUUAUGGUGGUAAAAACUCUGCCCCUCUGAUCAUCUCUGCUGUCAAUCACUGAAUAGAACAACCAUUUUAACAUCCAUUUUAAACCUUAAUAAAAUGUAAAUGGAAUGUUGAAAUUAGCUACAGAGACCAAAACUGUUUUUUGUACCAGGCUGUAAACAUGUUUAUUUCUGCUGUAAAGUUGGGCAUUUUAACAUGGGGGUCUAUGGGGAUCGACUCACUUCUGGAGUCAGCCUCAAGUGGCCAUUAGAGGAACUGCAGUUUUUGCCACUUCUGCAUCAGCUUCAUUUUUCAGCUGUGCAGGUUACCGCUUCAUAAAUUUACACCAGCCCUCUGGUCUAGUUCAUAACAAACUGCAGCCUGACACAUGCUCUUCAUAAAUAACUAUCACCAGCACAGACAGGUCACUGAACAGGCCUACCAGGAGACACAAAAAGACCACAAAGAGAUGCAAAGGAACUGCAAAAAGACACAAAUAAAAAAGGGCAAGACAGCCCCAAAAGGUAAAACAAAAUGUCCACCCACAAAAAUGACUACAAAGAGACGUAAAGAAUCAUAAUGACUAUAAAAGCCUCGUUUCCACUAAGCAGUACGGUUCAGUUCAGUUCAGUAUGCUUUUUUUCUCUUUCCACAGUGAAAAGUUGUGGAUGGUACCAAUAGAACCGUUCUGUACCGUCCCCAUGUUUGGUCCCCCCUCUGUUGGGGUACCUAGCACACAGAUCUGGUACUAAAAGGUGGAGCUGUGAACACUGCAGUCUGAUUGGUCAGUAGAGGACGGUCACUCUGCUCAGGGCUGAGUUGUGUCUGGUUUUGAGGCUCAUGUAACCACUGUUCAUACUGUGGAGAGUUUUAUUAGUAAACUGUAACUAUAAAAUGAAAGGAUGUUUUGCUGCCUCUCACAGCAGCUGGAGUCUGAGAAAAAAUAACUUCAUUCACUGGGCCGACUGCAGGCAACUUUUAAGGUGGAAUGUUUACUUGUAAUGUUGCUCAAUGCAUGAGUUGAUGACGUGAAUCCAUCAGCACACCUUAAAUUUCACUGUGACAACUUUGACCAUCACUUUAGUUUCUAUAUGACACACACUUUUAGUAAUGAGUAUUUAUAUAAAUUAUUUUUUGCCAGAUUAUGUGAACUGCACGUACUGUAUUCUAAUCCUCACUCAGAGAAAAAAAAAAGCAUGGCGGAGAGUCAUUCCUGCGCACGAGGUGCAGACUGUGUCAGACUGGUAAUGAGGAAAUACAGUGAGUGCUGGACGGAGCAGUGAGCGACAACAACCCCACCCACAAUUAAGAGCACUGUUUGCAGUGGAAAUGCAAGGGUCUAGGUCUUUAGGGUUACUGUUGGUUCCAAAGGUACUAUAGUGAAAGUGUUUGAUGGAAAUGGGGCUAAAGAGACAAAAACAACAAAGAAAGAGGCUAAACAACCGUAAAGUCUGUGUGCCGUGCUCCUGUGUUGGAGACAUGGUGGGGCCUUUUGCAUAUCUCUGCCCAGGGGCUCACUGCCUCAUAAUCCCAUGAUCGACAGUCUGAUAAUGAAACUAAUGACAAGAAUACAGGAAUUCAUAAACUUAAACUAAAUUUCUACAAACUACAUUUUCAAAUAUCUACACUUUGACAUUUUUUUAAUCAUGCAUGCAUGUAUUUUGUUCUAUGCAGCUGCUUCUGUUAUGUCAGGCACAUGGAUUAACUGCAGUCUGCACUGCAUCUUGAAUUUUAUUUUUAUUUGUUGUGUCUAGUUGUUAUGUUUAGGACUACGGAUAGAAAUUAACGUGUUGCUUAAUCUGCUGUAACUGUUUUUGAUUUCUCUUAAAUGAUUGUCAUUGCACGCAGUCCUCUUACAAACCAAAUAAACCAAACUGAACUAAAUUUAUGUUUCACGCUGCUGCAACUCUUUUAAAAUCAUUUAUGAACUAUAGUUUUACAACUCUAUGAUUUUAUUAAUCAGUUCAUCCAUGUUUUAAACUGUUUUAAAUGUCCUUUUAUAUUGAGAUGCCUGGUUUGUCUGUUUUAUGUCCAUUAUGUCUGUUUUCAUGUGAAGCACUCAGUGCUCAUACUGCCCUUAUUGUAAAACACUUUGUGCUGCAUUUCUUGUAUUAA